AUGCCCCUGAACCCCAAAAUCGAUCCUCGCUACUUCGUGCUGAUCAGGCCACUGCCUAUCCCUCCCCAGAAAGGUUUAAAGAUCCAGGCGCGGAGCAAAACCAUUUACAAUUGCUGGGAUGUCCCAAGAGAACAAGUAUUUCGAGAGAGCUAUCAUCGGAGAGCCAAACAACUCUCUCAACAGGGGUAUUUUACCCCCUGCUGGAAACCCUAUCAGGAUUUCGGAGAUCCCCUUUACCUUGAUCCCAGGAAACUCACCCUCCAUGGUCUGGGGCAGCUACCUCCGGAUGUCUACAAAGAGGAAGUUGCUCUGGAAGAAUUAGCCGAAACGGUGGAAACUGAGUUUUUCAAGAAGUUGAAGCCAAAGGUCCUGGAACCAGAGAAGAAACUUUUGCCUAUUCGACAUAUAGAGAAGGAUUUAAGAACCCUGCCCAGAGACCUUGCACAGAUGAGGCAUCUCAUCAACUCGGUGAAGAUCGGGCGGGGAUAUUUCCAUAGCCUUCGCCGAGAGUCCAUCAAGAGGAGGAACGUAUCCAGCCUGGAACAGCGGAAGGAGGCAGAGAAGAGAAGAAUGGAAUUUCAGCCCCCUCGCUACUCAUCCUCAUCCUCGGAGGAAGACUCCGAAUCUGAGCCCGAGUUCUUUUUAACAGGAGGCUUCUUGGUGAGCGAGACGGAAAAGAAGAAGAAGAAGAAAAUGGCCCGGCCUUUCACCCCCAUCCAUUAUGGCUUGCUGUCACAAAAGCAUCCAGAGGCGCAUUUCGACUCCAUCUUCCGCCAGCUCUGCGCCCUCAACUGGCUCCUGGAAGCUCUGACGCUGGACCCCAGCAGUAGCAUGAAGCCCUUGAUCACCUGUUGGAACCCCAAGGACUACGGUGGCGGGAAAAGUUGCAUGAAAACGAUCAAUAGAGAGAAAGCGGUGAAGAACCGAUGGGAGCAUUUUCUUCAGCACGCAAAGGGCAGAAGAUACACCCAGAAGCAGAUUCGGGGCACGUCCAGCAAAAAGUCACCCAAGAUGACAGGGAGCAUGUCCAAGAUCAGCGGGCUGUCCUCUCCGCAUAGCAAGACCACCUUGGCCAGCACCAGUUCCUUGACCCCUGGCUCCGACGAAGUAGCCCAGCCGACCUCUGAGAGCGUCAAGGAGGUGGAAGAGAUGGAGUCCAGCUACAGCAAGCAGACCAAGGAGGAGGAAGAACCGCUGAGCUACUACCUGCAGACUUUACUUCGGAUGAUACACGAAGACGUGGCUAAGAAUUUUAGCAAGGAAAACAUGUUUUGGAGUACAAAACCACAAUAUCUACAAAUGUACGACAGCGAAAUAUCGUUUGGACAACGAGGCAAGAGCUCAGCGACCUCUUCGAAGGAAGAUAAAACCAGUACAGGAAUUCACAAAGAAGGAAGCUCAACGGAGGCCAAGAGAAAGAGUUCGAUGGCCGUGACUGUCCGAGAAGACAAAACCACGACUGCAACGUUUAUGGAAGAUGACAAAACAACUGAGCUUUGCAGUCCUGAAAGUUCUUUCAUUAGAAGGAAGCAGCAACUGUGCCAUGAGAUGAGAGAAUUGUUUUUUGACGUAGCCCAAGAAAACGCCUUCCGGCUGCACGAUCAACUCGACAUCCUGGAGAGGAGACGAGAGGAGAAGAACAUUCAGAAAUACCUGUGCCUGAACUAUCUGACCCGCUUCCGGAAAGAUCUCGAGCGAAUGAAACAGUCCGUGGUGGGCAAAGAGCCCGAACAAGAUGCAGAAUCGGAAAACUGGUUUUCCACUUUGCUGGAAAGGAUUCCCGAUGAGAUCAGGAGAGACCGCCGUACCCAGAAAGUCCUCAAGAAGCUGGAAAGGUUUGCCAGGAAUCCGGACUUACGCAUCCGGCCUCCCACUUUUUUGAAGGUCUUGGGAGAACUUCGGAUCUGGGAAAUCUGCUCUCCGGACAUCUGCGCAGCUGUGGAGUUCCUGCGCGAAUAUAUUGUGGAUAUGCCCGAAGACGAUUACAAGCAAUGGCUGCAGGCUCGGGUGCCGUUCCCCAAACGCGUGCACAGUGCCCCUCCUCUGUGACCCUGACAGCUCCCGUGAGGAGAUCUCCUUCGUGGAAGAAAGGGUCAUUGGGGGAUC